AUGAGUGACAUCGAUGAAAGGAGCCUCGUGAAAAUCGUCGUCCAGUUGGAGAGCAGAAAGCGAGAGCCAGGGCCUAUGGCUGAUGUUCCACCUGUUUUUCCUGAAAAAGCUGCCGAAGAACCAGAAACUCUCGAUUGCAUCACUGUCGCAGGCAGUUCAACCAGGGGCCGAGGACGACCGCGGCGAUCAAGGUCGCGCCAGAGCUCCGCCAACAUUCCCUCGACUCCUCCUGAGGACGCAGUUGUAUCCAGCCAGUCUGAGAGCACCAAAUAUGGUCGAUUCAGAAAGCGAAAGCGAGCAGCUUCUAAGAUUCAGGAAACUAGUGGUGGCAAGAGGCGGAAGAGCCAAGGGAGUCAGGGUACUGGCGAUGGAUCAGUCAUCGCCCCUGACGGCCAGGAAGUCACGGCAAACGAAGAUGCUGCAGUGCAAAGCAACGAAGCAUCCAGUGAGCCGGAGGCUUCUACCCAAGGCUCGUCUUUCGAUGAGAAGGACCUCAGCCUGUCAGCAAUUUUUGAGGACAAGCCAGUAGAUAGCCAGGAGAACACAGAUGACGAGGCCGUCCAGUCUCAAUUGGCUCUGGAGCAGGAUGGCGCUGAUUCUCAGGUGACAGCCCGCAAGGAAGAUUUAGCCGAAAGUGAGCAGAUGGUGGAGAUGCCGCUUCCCAAACAAGGAGAAGACUACCAAGAGGCAGAUGAUGGAUCCCCCGUGCCAUCUGAAGAGGCCGUGCAGGACAUGGAGGUCGAGGCCGCACAAAGCGCGAGAAGCAAAUUCGAAGAGAUCAUGAGCAUGCUCCAAGGCGGCCUGAGCGCAUUGCGCUCCGCCGAGCUCUCAAGAGAUGAAGUUUACCGGGUUGAAGACAUGUUUAUGGACAUGAAGAGAGAGCUGUUCGAGGCAGAGAGGCGAGGACGGAAUUAA